AUGAAAUUCACAAUAAUCGCUUUAUUAUGCAAUGUGUUCUUUCUUCUUUUCUCUUUAGAAAGACUGCCAGGGAGCAAUGCGGCACCAACUGUAAGGCCGUGUUCUAAAUUCAGUAGCUAUGUCAAAGGUGAUGAUCAUAUUGUUUCUGUACCAAUGGAAGAAGUUCGUUCAUGCCUUACUUCGUUCAAAUAUAAGAAGGAAGAUGCAAACACGAUUGUUGAUUCGAUCAUCAAAGCACUUACCGGAUAUUAUGUAUUCCUGGACUCUGCGCGUGAUCCGCCAAAGCCAGGUAACACGUACGAUAAAAUUGACGUAGUGAGCGCUCUCAAAGAAAUACUGCAGCAUGAUUUUAAGACGGAUUACGAUUUCGCGCUUAACGUGACAAAUACGUUAGAACAAUUAAAAGAUGCACAUACAAAUUUCUUUCCUUAUUGUUACAAAAACUUUAUUUACUUCCAAGGAAUAAACCUAUAUUCAACUGUUAAUACUAAUGGCCAACAAUCUAUCAAAGUUUGGAAGGACUUUAUUGAUGAUUCUAAUUCUGAAUGUGAUGUACUGUUAAUCGAUGAUAUACCCGCGGUUCAAGCCAUUAAACAAUAUGCAAGAGAAAACAUUGGUAUAGUGCGCGAUCUUGGAGUCCGAUUUAAUAUGGCACUUACGGCGCCUUCUGCAGAUGGAACAUCUCUCUUUAACUUUUUUACUCGACGCCAUUUUUUACCACUGAGUGAUAAAAUUACUUACACACUUAAAUGUAAUGGAGUAACAAAGAAAGUCGUACGUACAUGGACAGCUUGUGGAGCGGCUUCUGCCUUGGAGUCUGUGACUAGUGCUGAAAAGUACUGGGUUCAAAAUUGCGCGCCGUUAGCUGGUCAAUCUAAGACACGAGCGUCCCAUUCCCGAAAAUUGUUUGGCAAACCGACGUCACAAAGACGAAAAACUUCAACAAAUAAUAUUUGUGAAAUAAUUAGUCCAGACGUUCCAAGCCCUAUAAAAUUAAGACACGGUCAAUUGCUGCACGAAUCAAAUUCUGCAAAGUUCUAUUACUUACCAGAAAAGAAUACAGGUGUUAUGACAUUAUCUGAAGUAAAGGAUUCAAACUUUACGGAAGGUUUCCAGAAAUUUAUUGAUAAGGGUGUAAAGAAGGUUAUUCUUGAUCUCACCAAUAACCCUGGUGGCUCUAUUCUUACAGCACAUAACCUAAACAAACUUCUCUUUCCUAAGACUGAUCCAUACUUUAACACUGACUUUAGGGUCAGUGAUCUCUUCCGUCUGUCUAUUCAAAAUUCAAAAAGUCCAGAUACCAGUAUAGCUUAUCACGGUAUCUGGGUCGAUCCGCAAACAAAGAAACCAUUUAAAAAUGAUAAAAGUUUUAUUGGUAAUAAUAAGUAUACGCGUGGCGGUGUGACCGAACAUUAUACAUCACAAUUAAUUGAGAACGAUAAUCCUUUAUCAGCACAUGUGCUACCAUGGAAAGCGACGGAUUAUGCUAUUCUAACAAAUGGAUUUUGUGGAUCAUCAUGUUCGUUAAUUGCGACACAUCUCGCAGAGGAAAAUAAUAUUCUCACCGUCUCCGUUGGUGGGCUUGCUAAUACACCAAUGGCAUUUGCGUCUUUUACUGGCGGACAAGAAUAUGACCUUGACAGUAUAUUAAAAGAACUAAAAUCUAUUGGCUUAAGUAAUAAUCCUCUCGCACCACAACCUUUUCCUGUAAAUGCCGAAUUAACUUUUGCUAUUAAAGAAGCGUAUAGUAAGUCAAAUCCAGGGGAGGUGUUAGAAUUUUCAUAUCGACCAGCAGUAAAACGAUUGUACUACGAUAGUAUAAGUGCUAGGGACCCAAGUGAGUUUUGGUUACAAGUUGCAGCCUUUUUGAAUAAGGAUAAAUAG